AUGCACGGCGUCGGUGCGGCCCUGGCCCAGAUUGGGGGCAGAUGUCCGUGCGCUCUCCGCGCAGCGGACGCCGUGGGCGCCUCGGAUGCCGGGUGGCGCAGGCGGUGGUGGCGCGCGAGCAUCCAUGGCCUCGCGUGCUGGGUGGUGGAAGCGAGCCCCGUGUCCGCCGAAGUUGCUGGGGUGGGCCGUUUGCGGCCCGCAGACGUCCUUGGCGAGGCGCUGUGGGUCAUGGGUCAGUACCUCGCGGGCGUGGGCUGCAUGCAUUUGUAUGGCGCGACCGACGUGGGCUACCUGGGCGACGUUCGUGUCAUCGUGGACUACCACUCCGUCUGCUGA